AUGUCCCCCAAUGAUGUAUCGACGGGCGGCACAGCUGUUGCAUCCAAGCAGUGCACCGUGAAUGGCACCUGGUGGCGGGAGAACCUAACCAACCAGGAGUGGACAGACUACACUACGUGUGUGCAUUUACAGGGAUUCAAGACUUUGUACUAUGUAGGUGUAUCCUGCAACAUCUUUAGUCUGGCCCUUCUACUGCCUGCGUGUGUGGUGUUUGUGCUGUAUAGGCAGCUGCGGACACAGCAUCGCAUACAGAUCCACCUGAACCUGUUCCUGUCGUGUGUCAUGACGAACGUGUUGAUGGUACUGUGGGAACAUCUAGUCUACAACGACCGUAUAGAAAAUCCAACAGAAAGUGGUCCGCUGCUUCCAGUGCUGAUAUACGCAGCGAUCAGAGCGGUCAGGGGUGAUAAAGGCUGCUGGGUCCAAAAUGCUGGCAGCUUUGAAUGGCUCGUGUACGUUCCAAACCUUCUUUGUAUCCUGGUUAACGUUUUCUUCCUUCUCGGGAUUCUGAAAAUAUUGUUGACCCAGCUGCAAUCUCACCCAAAUGAGCCCAGCAGUUACAGGCGAGCGCUCAAGGCCACCUUUGUGUUGGUUCCGUUGUUUGGUCUUCAACUAUUCCUGGUAGUCUACAGGCCGAUCACAGACAGUUUCUGGACACAGAUGUAUGAAAUCUUCGCCAAAGUUAUCACCAAUACGCAGGGUGCUGUUGUGGCUCUUCUCUUUUGUUUCUUCAACGGCGAGGUGAGUGAAAGAUGGAACACAGAUUAA